AGGAGCGACGGGAAAAUAAUGGAGGAUCACUAGGAGUUUGAGAGACAAAUAACCAGUAAGAGGUGCGAACUCGGUCAAAAAAGGUUAAAUCUCCGCGGACCGCGUGAAAAUGAAAGUUGGAUUCUCUCAGCGGUCUGAGUUGGACCUGUUAUUUGUGACUUCCAAUACCGCUACGGAGGAUUGCAGCGCUGGCCAGUGAACUUUAAAGAUGUCGGGCCUAACUCGUCGUGAUGUAAAAUAAAAACAGGAAUAUGACAACACCAUACUCACAAUUUCGUUGAGAUUGAACGCAGGAUAUGAAGUUUCAUCAUUACCAUCAUCAGUCUGGAAGUGACAUCGGACCUAUUUUGAACCGUGCUGGAUUUAGUUUUAAAAGUUAAAACAGAACAACUGCGGCUUUGCCUCGACUUGAACCGCAGGUACAGUUGGGAGAAGCUCAUACAUAUUGCGGGCGCUUUCCACGCAUGAGAAAUAAUAGGACGCACGGCAUGGUCAAAAUGAGCUAAUGCAGAAAUCACGUUCAACUUUUGGUACUGGACCUCUGAGUGCAUUUUAGCAGAGGAAGGAAAACAUAAUUCCCUAAAACAAAAAUAAACCAACAAUGAAAGAAAAGUCUAAGAAUGCCGCCCGGACUAGACGGGAAAAAGAAAAUAGUGAAUUCUAUGAACUGGCAAAAUUGUUGCCCUUGCCCUCGGCCAUCACAUCCCAGCUCGACAAAGCUUCCAUCAUACGAUUGACAACUAGCUACUUGAAAAUGAGAAUUGUCUUUCCUGAAGGUCUUGGGGAAUCGUGGGGUCACGUGAGCCGAACUAGCUCGCUGGAUAACGUGGGUCGCGAGCUGGGUUCCCACCUACUUCAGACAUUAGACGGGUUUAUUUUUGUGGUGGCUCCCGAUGGAAAAAUUAUGUACAUCUCAGAGACAGCCUCGGUACAUUUGGGCCUGUCACAGGUAGAGCUUACUGGAAAUAGCAUUUAUGAAUACAUUCAUCCCGCCGACCAUGACGAAAUGACGGCGGUGCUUACAGCGCACCAACCAUAUCAUUCUCAUUUUGUGCAAGAAUAUGAAAUGGAGAGGUCUUUUUUCUUGAGAAUGAAAUGUGUUCUGGCGAAAAGAAAUGCCGGCUUGACUUGCGGUGGAUACAAGGUGAUCCAUUGCAGCGGCUACCUGAAGAUCCGGCAGUACAGCCUGGAUAUGUCUCCCUUUGACGGGUGUUACCAGAACGUGGGGCUGGUGGCUGUGGGUCACUCUCUGCCCCCAAGCGCGGUCACGGAGAUCAAACUGCACAGUAACAUGUUCAUGUUCCGUGCCAGCCUGGAUAUGAAGCUCAUCUUCUUGGAUUCCAGGGUGGCAGAGCUGACCGGGUACGAGCCCCAGGACCUGAUUGAGAAGACCCUCUACCACCACGUUCACAGCUGCGACACCUUCCACCUGCGAUGCGCGCACCACUUGUUGUUAGUGAAGGGGCAGGUCACCACCAAAUACUACAGGUUCCUGGCGAAGCAAGGCGGGUGGGUGUGGGUGCAGAGUUACGCCACCAUCGUGCACAACAGCCGGUCCUCGCGCCCCCACUGCAUCGUCAGCGUCAACUAUGUCCUGACGGACACUGAGUAUAAGGGGCUGCAGCUGUCUCUGGACCAGGUGACCUCCAGCAAGCCAGCAUUCCCCUACAGCAGCACCGCUGCCACCAUCAGCGACAGCAGGAAGGGGAGUAAAAGCCGUGUAGCGCGGUCCAAGGCCAAGGCCCGCCUCUCCCCCUACCCGCAGUACCCCGGCUUCCACGCCGAACGCUCCGAGUCGGACCAGGACAGCCCGUGGGGCGGGAGCCCGCUGACAGACUCCGCCUCCCCGCAGCUGCUGGACCACAGGGAGGGCGGGGAGGCCUCCUGUGCGUACCGCCAGUACCCGGACCCCGCCUCCCUGUGCUACGGCCUGCCGCUGUCCGAGGAGCGCCACGCCCACUCGCAGGCCUGCGACCGCGGCCGCUGCGAUGCCGGGCGGUACUUCCUGGGCACGCCCCAGCCCGGGCGGGACGGCUGGUGGGGCGCGGCCCGCGCCGUGCUCCCGGUGCCCAAGACGUCGCCCGGCGAGAACGGCGAGGCGUACGAUGGGGGCAUGCCGCACAUCGCCUCCAUCCACAGCCUGCAUGUGAGAGGCCACUGGGACGAGGACAGCGUGGUGAGCUCGCCCGACGGCGGGUCGGCCAGCGACUCCGGCGACCGUUACCGGGGCGACCACUUCCGCGGGAGCCCCCAGGAGCCCAGCAAGAUCGAGACGCUGAUCCGGGCGACGCAGCAGAUGAUCAAGGAGGAGGAGAGCCUCCUGCAUCUGCGCAAGGGCCCCCCGGAGCCCCUGGGGCCCGCCAACGGGCUCUCCAAGGGCCCCGGGCCCUGCUUCGCCGCCGACUUCCCCCAGGGCGCGCUGCAGGGCGUGGUGUGCCGGGGCCCGGGCGUGGCGCUCGCCUGCGAGCACCUCCAGAGCCGCGACGGCAAGAUGAUCAGUCCCCACGGCAACGAGCUUGAGGGCAGCCCCGCCCCGCUCUCGCGCAUGGGCAGCCCCGUCUCCGACCGGCUGCCCAAGGCCAAGGACUACCUGCAGGGGGACCUGUCCCCCCACGCGCCCCGGGGGAACCACUGCUCCCCCUCGCCCACCUUCUACUCGCCCCACCACCGCCAGUACCUGGACAAGCACGCGGCCUACUCGCUGACGGGCUACGCCCUGGAACACCUGUACGACGCGGACAGCCUGCGGGGCUACUCGCUGGGCUGCCCCGGCGCGCACUACGACGUGACCUCACACCUCCGCAUGCAGCCCGACCCCACCGGGGGCCACAAGGGCACGUCCGUCAUCAUCACCAACGGAAGCUGACGCUCGUGAGGCAGAAGCAGACAGACGAAUAACCCACCGCUGCCCCCCUCCCCUCCCCCCCCCCCCUGAAAAAAAGACACAAGAAACAAAACACUGUCAUCUAGAUUUGUUCCUUUUUCUACGGUCUUUUUCACGUGCCCCUCGGCAUCGUGGGUAAUCAGGUCUUUGGUCCUGCACUAGAACGGUUCACGAGAACAGAAAUCAAAUAGAAGUGUUGCUUGGUCAUUAGUCAGAGAGAGCGAGAGCGAGAGAGGGUAUGUUUUAAAUGCACUUUCACAGCGUUCUGGAUGUCUUUCAGAGCGUCUCGUUAACCUUUAGCGGUCUUCUUUUAAAAGCUCGGGCGAGUCAUAGAUAAACCCGCCGCUCGACUAUUUUCCGCGCCGCUGCACACGCACGCAGCGGGAGGAGCGAACAAAUUCAGGCCAGCGUCAAGAUCCGUUCCAACUGGGGCAUAACAGCAGGAGAUAAAAAAAGACUCCAUUCGGCUCCGUUUUUCCCCCCUUCUUUUUUUUUAGCCGUCUUUUCACAGGGCAAUAGAGAAUAUGCAAUUUUAUCGUAUUCACAGUUUUCGACCUCUAAAAAGAACGUGGCAGGCGAGAACAAGGCGCGAGCUCUUUUAAAAAAAAAAAAAAAGGUUAGGAGGACAGGACUCUAACCCCAGCCUGCUUUCCCCAGAUUGGACUGUCGCGGUCGCGGCUGCGGCUGCGUUGCUUAGUGACAUGGCGGCGUCUCUCGAGCGCGGCGCGGCGUUUCGCCGGGCCGACGCCCCUGUGCGAGGAAUCCUCACGCUUUUCAGUUUGCUUCACGCAGUCAGUUGUAGCCUUAAGGGAUGUAAGAAUGUAGAUACGAUUUGUACUUUUUAUCCCCCGGUUUCUCACCCUUACAUUUAAAUGUAGGAGACUGUGUGGUUUGACUGCUUGUGGUUCCCUCUCUGUAAAAAGUGGCUAUUCUCUAGAUUUAUUUAUGAUGUAAAUAUGGCUGGGGGAAAAAAAGGACUUUUGAGGUACAGGUGCAAAAAUGUAUUUAUUAUGUGAAUGAUAAUGUUUUCUUUUGGUUUUGAAAUAUAGUUGCAAUCAAACAAAGCCUCCUAUCGCAAAUGUGUGGUUUUUUUGUGAAACGAGCAAAUACCAAAGAAGCAAGAGAAAAUAUUUGACUGGUCUUUUAAUCUUUCAUUUAUUGAUUUUUAUGAAAGCUGACAUUUCACCUGAACAGUGAGGUACUUGAGUAAUAGAAUUUUUUAUAGUACUUUUUGCAAUCUAGUUUUA